AUGGAAUUAAUCAAUCCGACUUCUGUUUUCAACGCAGACAUCUUCAGCUCAGUGUUGGUGAUGAGUCAGGUCGAUGUAAAAGUAGUUCUUCUGGGUAGCAGUGGCUGCGGGAAAACCAGUCUGGUGGAACGCUUUCUUCACGAUCGUUUCGAGGAAAGAUACAUGCCUACGAUAGGAGCUGCAUUCGGAGCAAAACGCGUGAAAGCGUUGGGAAAAAUCCUCAAAUUGGGUAUUUGGGACACAGCUGGACAAGAACGUUACAAGGCGAUGAGUAGGAUAUACUAUCGUGGUGCUAAGGCCGCUAUCGUGUGCUACGAUUUGACGGAUGCCGACAGCUUUCGGGAGGCUCAAUUUUGGGCCCAGGAGCUGCUAAAGCAGGAAGAUGCGUGUAAGAUUUAUUUGUGUGGAACGAAGGCUGAUCUCACUCGAGGACCUGAAGGAGGAAGAAACAGGCGGGUUGAUUUUUACGCUCCAACGGAUUUUACUGAUGAUGUGAAUGCUGGUAAGAGGCGGAAACCGCACGAUUCCGAAGAACUCUUUCAAGCCAUAGCGGACGAUUUCAUCUCGAACCCAGUGAAUGAACCCAUCGUUCAAGAACUUCCGAGUAUACAUGUGGGAAAAGAUCAGCCACGGCCAUCGGGAACAUGGUCAUCCGUGUGUUGUUCUUAUUGAGUCUCUGUGAUGGAGCGGAGAAAUAUUCGAAGGGCGUCAGAUCGCAUGGGUUCCUCCUGGUUCCAUUUCCCUGUGGCCUGAGUCUCUAGGAACUUGAGUUAUUCAUUAGAAAUGUGUAGGAUGUUCGAAAAAGCCACUGUGAUGUGGGAAAUGUUCAGGUGAACCAGAUUCUAUGCCCCGUGUUUCCGGGUGCUGAACAUGUUCCAUCGAAAUGUGUACGAUUUUACGAGGGGUUUUCAGGACCCUGUUGACUUGUUAUAACUGCAAGGAUUGGUACUCGUUUUAAUUUUUUCUGUUCAAAGUUUUGGAUGGAGGUAGACUUCACUUGUUUUUAAGGAAGACUGAAUUAUCGCUUGCGGAAAAUUCUACUUUUUCCUUCGCGGAUUCAUGUUGAAAGAACGGAGAGUUUAAGAAUUCAUUAUCUUCCGCACUUGCAAGUACUGUAGUGCUACGGAACAUUUCAUGUACAAUAGUUGAAAAAUUAGUUCAGGGAAAAUAUUAAAGGUCUGACACACAUAAAUGUAUGUCGGUGAUGCUAAAUGUGAAGGGUGCCCGAAACUGUCUUCAGGCAAACAGUUCCGUAGCAAACUAAUUUCGACUUGAAACUCUAUUAUUUAUACCACAGAGGUUCGGGAAAUUCGAAUCAGAAUCUAUAGUUCCCAACGAGCUUAAUUCCAAACUAAAAACUCAACUUCUGAACCACCCCUUGUAAAUAUGUUAAAUCUAUCCAAAUGGAAUGUCACUUUGAAAGUCGGAAGCAUAACUUUGCUGGCGAUGUGUAGGAUAAUGUGCCCUGUUGAUGUACUAAGCACCAGUGUGGAAACUGGAUCAGUCCUGCCUCUUGUACCGGUUGCUUUCCCCCUGCUGUGAAUGCACCAAGCUUUUUGCCGGAAGCGAGUUUCCCGCGAUUUUUGCAAUGAUGAGGCCAAAUGUCAAUGAUUUUGUGUGUGUGUUUGCACAUGAUAAGCAUUUCUAUUUUAUGUUGGGAAUUUCUUAGCUCAUGCAAGAUCUCGUUUGUGACUCUUAACUACUGUACUAUACAGUCCUCGUCGUUCGUGUCUGCAAAAUAUACUCGCGAGUUGGGCUGUGCUGAUCGCUGUGAAUUUUGCGCUAACGUGACUGUUGAAUCCGUCGAGUGUAGUCCCACCAGUUCUACCCCCCAUGGAAAAGUUUCAAAGAAUUUGAGAUGUAUUGUGAAGUAUUUCCUGAGACAAAAGGAGGGGAGGCUGACGAGGAAUUGGAGAAUGUGACAGAUGGUUUUACCCCUUAGGAGUCGGGCGUAUUUUUAUUUUUAUGUGCCUGGGAAAAGUUUCAUGACGAUUUAAUUGUGAUUUUUGGCAUUCCCCGCGUGAGCUUUCGGUGACUGAAUUCUGUCCUUUUCUAAUCCGUGAUGCUAAUAAAAUAGCCCAAGGGUUUACUGCGUGAUUUAUUCCUGAA